UGACACCUAACCUGGAAAGGGGCAGUGGUACUGUUUUAUAAGGUCUCUAUUGUUCCCCACGUCCCAACGCGUCUAUCUUCACAUGAGCUCAUUUGUGCAUCUCUUCCCGCUUCAGACUGACACUACCUCACAAAAACACAUCCUACUCUCUCAGUCCUCCCCGUGUGACCAAAGGAUUUUGGCUGUUAAAUUCCUUUUCCGUAUCAAAUCGAUUCUUGCGCAACAUUUCGCGUCCUUUGGCGCGCGCCUUACAGAUAACUAGAAAACGACAAGCAUCAUCACACGCUGUAAGCCGUUGUCAACAUGGGGCUUGUGCAGCAAGUCAACGCGGAGCUGGAUGUAGACGAGCCUGUUGCCGCGCAUCCGACGCUCAACAACGUCGACUUCGGUCUGCAGAUCGGCGUCGAGGAGAUCCUUGGCGACGUUGACCCCGACGUCUCCCUCGAGUUCCUGAAGAAGGCUGAUGCUCACGCGGGCAAGCCGCCGCCGACGCGUGUGCCGAGGGAAUCACUCGUGAGCACGCACAACAGCUAUGUCGAGCAGCAGCAGAAGUCCGAGCAGCAGAACACGCCGCGGAUGGUGAAGAAGGUCGUCUUGGCGCUCUCUUACCCGCCGUCAGUAAAGCCGGUCUCCGAUUUGUCCCCAAUGCGGCUGGAUGAGUUGCUCGUCGAGAACCACCAUGAGGACAAGUACCUUGUUCUCAGGACAAUCGCGCCACCAUACAUGGGGGCAGGAACAAUCACGAUUGUGGAAGACGAGCACGGCAACACGGACAAGCUGGUGCUGUACAACCAGGGGAGCUCGACUAUCCUGCAGGCCGUCCCCGAAGGGUCUGUGAUUCUUCUCAAAGAGCCGUAUUACAAAUUCAGUGGCGAUGACGACUUCAUGCUCUGCGUCGACCAUCCCUCGGACGCCAUCCUGCUACGCCACGGCCCCGAUGACUCGCUAAUCCCGGACGGCUUCAAACAGACCUCACAGUCUGAGGUUGCGGCAGAGUGGAAGAAUGCAGGAGAUCGCGCCUUCAUAUCUAAGAACUUGCCAUUGGCUGCGGCAAAUUAUUCGAGAGCCCUGGAGCUGUCCUCGGAGGACGACACGGCCUUUAGAGUCGACGUCCUUCUGAAGCGAGCCAGCAUAAAUAUCACUGCUAAGCGCUUCGACGACGCACUCUCAGACUCGCUCGCCUCAAGAGGCGGGCCGACUGACUGGAAGGCCUACUUCAUCGCGGGCAAGGCCGCCUACGAGCUCACCGAGUUUCAGGCCAGCAAGCAAUACUUCGAGGCGGCGUUGGAGCGGAAGCCGGAGGCAGUUAACAUCCAGAAGGAAUACGAGCGCUGCCUGGCGCGACUCGAAGAAGAGAGAGGCAACUACGAUCUGGCCGCGAUGACGGUAAACGUGACGGCCAAGAACAUCUCCAUUGACAGGGCGAGUUUCCUCUCGAGAACCGAAGUCCGAGACUCGCCACACCACGGCCGCGGCCUCUUCGCCACGGAAGACAUCAAGGCGGGCGAGAUGAUCUUUGCCGAGAAGGCCACCAGCGUGCCCAACGAGUUCAACCCGGAACACAACUCGGCCGCCGCCUAUGCCCAGCUGGUGGAGCUCUGCGCGGACAACCCGAUGAUCCACAGAAAGGUGCUCGACCUGUACGGCGGCUCGUACAAGCGGUCAGGUCACGAGGGCACCGUCGUCGACGGCAGGCCCGUCGUCGACGUCUUCCUCCUCGAGUCCAUCCGGCGCAAGAACUGCUUCAGCGGCGCCCAGGUGUCGGCGCAGGCGGCGAACCCGGACUGGGACAUGUGGAAGCAGGGCAUGUCGCGCGGACUGUGGGUGCACUCGGCCUACGCCAACCACGCGUGUCUGCCCAACGCGAACCGGUCCUUCAUCGGGGACAUGCUCAUCGUCACGGCCACGGUGGACAUCCCCGCCGGUACCGAGAUCACGCACAUCUACCUCCCGCCCAAGGCGGCGUACCUCCUCCGCAUGCCGCAGUUCCGAUCAAGCUGGGGCUUCGUGUGCAGCUGCGCCCUCUGCGCGGGCGAGGCCAAGUCCCCGGCCGAGCAGCACAAGAAGCGCAUCGCGGCACUGGCCGAGAUCGAGGCCAUCAUCCGGAAGAAGCGGCCGACGCGGUUCCAACCGGACGCGACGAUCCGGCAGAUCGAGAGGCUCACAAACCGGUUCUCGGCGCUGCACGAGGCCGAGGUCUACGACGACCUCGGGCUACCGCGGCUGAUGCUCGUGUGGCCGACCAUGUGGCUCGUCGAGGCGUGCCACACGCGCAAGCAGUGGGCCAAGGUGGUGCGGUGGGCGGGCGAGGUGUUCCGCAACUUUGGCUUCGUCGAGCCCGUCCGCGACGGGAGGCUGUGGAUGUACCGGGACACGCAGGCGGUGACGACGUUCGAGGUCAUCAAGGCGCUCAAGUUCGCAGCCGAGGCGUACGCGGCGCUCGGGAGCGGCGUGCUGGCGCGGGACUGCCUGGACGCCGCGCGGGUCGGGCUGACGACCAUGGUUGGGUAUGUGACGGACCAGACGUUUGAUGCGUUCCGGUGAAGGGGGGGAAGCUUGGUUCUUUUUCUUUUGUGCAUUGAUUUUCUCUAGAGACCAUCAUCACCACAUGAGAAUCCGGAGCUUGGCAACUUGCAUCUCGUCAAAAGGGAGCAAUUACUCGGGUUGCAAAGAGAGUCUCUGGGCGUCCACUCCGGGCUUCCCGGCAAGAUGGUUAACUUUGCGCUAUGCCAAUGCCAAUAUUACCCCCCCGAGCCGUGUCUUCCAUGCGCCAUUUGUGUGAUUUGUGGAAGCUCGAAAGGGAGGGGAAAUAUCGAGCUCUUGGCGAACCGAUGGCCUCUCUGUGCCUCUCUCUGCCUUGGCAUCUCGGGCGUCGAGCAUGAAUCAGGUCCUAGCGUUAUCGCGGCGAGGAGACCCUUUUCUUGGCAAGUUGAUGAAGAUUUUUACUCCCCUUGCCUUUUUUUUCCACUUCUCUUCUUUUCUAUUCGUCUCUUUUUCAUCCCCGGUUAAAUAGGGCGUUUUGUUAGGUUCUCGUGUUGUCAACUUGUAUGUCCCCGUUGAUGUCGUUUUGACUUUGGCAACUCGGUUGCUC